AUGCCCCGCUUGGCACCAGAGCUGAUACGGGCAGCCCGCAGCAGACACCCGCUUCUCCCGCUCCUUCUGCCGGAAUGCCGGACGAUCGAGCAGGCAUCCAUGGAACUGCGUUGGCUGGCGCGCGAAGGGCGAUGGGGAGCCCGGGGAACCGGGGGAGGAGGAGGGAGGGGUUGGUUGAGAGCGCUGUGCGAGAAACGUGGGCGUGGAUGGCCGCUGCAGUACCUGUUGGGCACCCAGCCGUUUGGGGCUUUGGAGAUUAUGUGUGAGAGAGGGGUGUUGAUUCCGAGGUUUGCACCGCGUUAAUGUUUCUUCUUCCACUGCGCGCUGUACCGUCACUCUAUUGGCAUCCGUUAUCACUGGGUUUCUGAUUCUGGUUUCUAUUGUAGACCGGAGACGGAGCAGUUUACUAGUCAUCUUGGUGGUCAUAUUCUUAAGCACCUGCACCCGCGCUCACGGGUCGGAAUUGUUGAUCUGUGUACCGGGACGGGAUGUAUUCCGCUGCUUCUGCAUAAUCAAUUAUCUAUGGCAGGGAUGUCUUCACGAAUACUCGGUGUCGAUAUUUCAGCCAGGGCGCUGCGGUCGAGCAAACGGAAUCUUGAACAUAAUAAAAAGUCACUGUCGGCUAACGUACGUGAAGAUAUCGAGUUCUUCCAUGGCAAUGUCCUAGCUGUGGAUGGCCUGAUCGAGGCAAUUGGGGAAAAGGUUAAAGGGGUGGAUAUAGUAAUAUCAAACCCACCGUACAUUUCUAAGGAGUCGUUCAAUAGAUCUACUGGCCGUUCCGUUAGGAACUACGAGCCGAAGCUGGCGUUGGCGCCGGAAGGUGGUGACGGGGAUAUAUUUUAUCCCGCCAUUGGGCGGGCUGCCGAGAGGCUGGGCUCCCAAGCGGUUGUGGCUGAAGUCGAGGGAUGGGAACAGGCGAAUCGGGUCAAGCAAGAAUGGGAGGGGACUGGGGUUUGGGAGGGCGUUGAUAUCUGGAGAGAUUUUGCGGGAAUCGGAAGGACGGUGGUUGGAUGGAGGUGCGGGUGGGAGUGGAUUCGAGACGGCCCGGAUGUAGUAUCAUAUAGAGACUGGAAAGAAUGA